AAGCAACGGCCAUUUCAGCUCAGAUCAGCUCAAUUCAGAGUGUGUGCCUCUCGAUCUAGAUCUCUGAGUUCUUGCCAUCUUUAAUUUGAAACCGAAAUCAUCAGCUGCAAUCUUCGAGAUUAAUUAGGAAGCUAAGAUCGCCAUGGCUUCCUGCUGCGGCGGUUUCAUGGAGAAGGCCAAGCCCUACUUCGCCAUGAUCUGCCUUCAGUUCGGCUACGCCGGCAUGAACGUGAUCACCAAGGUCUCACUCAACCAUGGCAUGAGCCACUACGUACUCGUCGUGUACCGCCACGCCUUCGCCACCAUCUCCAUUGCUCCCUUCGCGCUGAUCCUCGAGAGGAAGGUGAGGCCCAAGAUGACGUGGUCGAUCUUCUUCCAAAUCUUCAUCCUGGCGCUACUCGGACCGGUGAUCGACCAGAACUUCUACUACGCCGGCCUGAAGUUCACCGGCCCGACCUUCGCCUGCGCCAUGAGCAACAUCCUGCCGGCCAUGACCUUCGUCAUGGCUGUCAUCUUCAGGAUGGAGAAGCUGGAGCUGAAGAAGGUGAGGUGCCAGGCCAAGAUCGCCGGGACGCUGGUGACGGUGGCCGGCGCGAUGCUGAUGACGCUGUACAAGGGCCCGCUCAUGGAGAUGGCGUGGAGCCGGCACGCCGGCGCCGGCGUGGCGGAGGCCCCCGCCGCCGCCGCCGCCGCCAUCUCCGGCAGGGACUGGUUCCUCGGCUCGAUGUUCGUCAUCGUCGCGACGCUCGCGUGGGCGUCCCUCUUCAUCCUCCAGACGCACACCAUCAAGCAGUACUCGGCGCAGCUGUCGCUCACCACCCUCAUCUGCCUCGUCGGCACGCUCCAGGCCGUCGUCGUCACCUUCGCCAUGGAGCGGCGCCGCCCCUCCGUCUGGGCCAUCGGCUUCGACAUGAACCUCCUCGCCGCCGCCUACGCCGGCAUCGUGACGUCGAGCAUCGCGUACUACGUGCAGGGCUUGGUGAUCCAGAGGACGGGGCCGGUGUUCGCGUCGGCGUUCAGCCCGCUGAUGAUGAUCAUCGUCGCCGUCAUGGGCUCCUUCAUCCUCUCCGAGCAGAUCUACCUCGGCGGCGUCGUCGGCGCCGCGCUCAUCGUCGUCGGCCUCUACUCCGUGCUCUGGGGCAAGCACAAGGAGACCCAGGAGAAGCAGGCUGACACCAAGCUAUCACUGCCCACUUCCAAAGGCGCCGCCGCCGCUGCGGAGGCGGAGGAGAUCACCGGCGCCGGAGAAGACGACGGCGACGGCGACGAUGACGCGGAGCGCAGCAAGAACCACCGCUCGAGUGGUGGCGUGAGGUCAUCAUCGGACUCCAAUGGACAUGGAGCUAGUGCGGUUUGAUGGACACCUAACUCCCCAAUAAUUUGGUUGCGGCCGUCGACGCGUCGACGCGACGGCGACCGUCGCCAUCGCCAUGCGUGCGUCGACGUCGAUCUCUCCGCUUUAAGAUAUCCGAACUGUUCGUCUACGGCGCGUGCACUACGACGACGAUGGCACUAAGGGCUCGUUAAAUUUGGAAAUGGAGGUUUUUGUUUGGUAGGAAAUUUUUGAUGAACUUUUACUGUGUUAAUUUCCCUGCAAAAUGUAAGCGUUUGUCACCUCGUCAGAUGUUCAGAAUGGUGGCAUGCAUAUCUCUGCUUUUUUUUUUAUCAUGUUUGAUCAAAGCUGCUACGCUAUUUUGUACUGGUUUCAUCCUCUGUCCAUCAGAGAGAGUGUAUUGUGUUUUGUAAAUUUUAAACUCUUCUUUUCUCGUUA